AGAGUCCCAAGAGUGAAGCUCACCAUGGGCCAGCUUGGCUCCGUCCAGUCAGACUGAAGCCAAAAGGGGAAGAAAACUACAUGAUGUCGAUUCCCCCUGAAGAUCUUUAGUGAAGUCACAGGCUAAAUAUUAUGCAAGAAAACCCUCCAGAACUUGGGGGCCUAUCAAAGAAGCAUGACUCACCUCCUAAGAUCCAUUUUAAGGAUGAAGAUAAUGUUCAAUAUAACAGAUUUGAGAAUGAAAGAGAAAAGUAGAAGUCUGCUUAUUUUUAAAAUGGUGCUUAAAACAUUAGAAUUCAUAACUGAGGAGCCAGCGCGGUGAGGACCAUGUUGCUUCCGAACAUCCUGCUCACCGGUACACCAGGGGUUGGAAAAACCACGCUAGGCAAAGAACUUGCAUCAAGAUCCGGACUGAAAUACAUUAAUGUGGGUGAUUUAGCUCGAGAAGGGCAGUUAUAUGAUGGCUAUGAUGAAGAGUAUGAAUGCCCCAUUUUAGAUGAAGAUAGAGUAGUUGAUGAAUUGGAAAGCCAAAUGAGUGAAGAUGGAGUUAUUGUUGAUUACCAUGGUUGUGAUUUCUUCCCUGAACGCUGGUUUCAUAUAGCUUUUGUGCUGCAAGCAGGUAACAGUGUAUUGUACAAAAGACUUGAAACAAGGGGUUAUAAUGAAAAGAAACUAAAAGACAAUAUUCAGUGUGAAAUUUUUCAAGUUCUUUAUGAAGAAGCAUUAGCAUCCUACAAGGAAGAAAUAGUACAUCCACUGCCCAGCAAUAAACCAGAAGAUCUAGAAGAUAAUAUCAAUCAGAUAUUGAAGUGGGUUGAGCAGUGGAUCAAGGAUCAGAGCUCCUGACUUACAAGACUGGCC